GCUUCUGGCUGUGCCCGCUUCCCUGAUGGAAAUGCUGGGGUUCCCCCAGGCAUAGAAGGCCGGGAGGCAGAGCUCUGGCAGAGCAGCGGGGGUUGGGUGGGGUGGGGUGGGGGCCGCACCCUGGCUGGGAUCUACCCAGUCCCAGGCUUUUCCAGCGGGGAGGGGUGAAGCGUGGCUUGGCAAUACCCAACCCCCCCUAUGAACCCCGGGGUGGGGAUGUCAGAAGAGGCUGGAAGGGUGACACGCCCCAGACGUCUGCCCCUCGCCUCACACACACCCAGCCCACUGGCAUUCUCCCACCCUGGGGUACCCAAGGCCCUGGUCCCCAGAUCAGCUGUCUCAGCUCUCGGUGUUCAGAUGGUCUGUAGACUCGCCGAGCACAGACCCACCCGCCUGGCCUGUGCACCCUCCUCUCUCUCUCAGCCCUUUCUGACGCCUCUCACUGGCCUGUGGAUUCCUGCCCCUCCCUGGCCCCACCCCGACCAGGCUCGGAGCCCAGCCAUUCCCAGAACUACACCUGGCUGUAUUCUCCAUGUUGUCUGCAGCAAGCUCCCAGGACCGGGGAAGUCCAGGACCUUCCAUCUGGACGGUCAGCACAAUGGUACCUGUCCUGCUGUCCCUGCUGCUGCUUCUGGGUCCUGCAGUCCCCAAGGAGACCCAGGCUGGGAAUUACUCUCUGAGCUUCCUCUACACGGGGCUGUCCAAGCCCCGGCAGGGCUCCCCCCGCUUCCAGGCCGUCGCCUACCUCAACGACCAGCCCUUCUUCCACUACAAUAGCGAAGGCAGGAGGGCCGAGCCCCUGGCCCCGUGGAGCCAGGUGGAAGGCAUGGAGGACUGGGAGAAGGAGAGCGCCCUUCAGAGGGCCAGGGAGGACAUCUUCAUGGAGACCCUGAGUGACAUCAUGGACUACUACAAGGACAGCGAAGGGUCUCACACCUUUCAGGGAGCAUUCGGCUGUGAGCUCCGGGAUAACGAGAUCAGUGGAGCGUUCUGGGUGUACGCUUAUGAUGGCCGGGACUUCAUCAAGUUCGACAAACAAAUCCCAGCCUGGGUCCCUCUGGACCCAGCAGCUCAGAACACCAAGCGCAAGUGGGAGGCAGAGGCCGUCUACGUGCAGCGGGCCAAGGCCUACCUGGAGGAGGAGUGCCCAGGGAUGCUGCGGAGAUACCUGCCCCACAGCAGGACCCACCUGGACCGCCAAGAGUCUCCCUCUGUGUCGGUCACCGGCCACGCGGCCCCAGGACACAAGAGGACACUCAAGUGCCUGGCCUACGACUUCUACCCGCGAAGCAUUGGGCUGCACUGGACUCGGGCCGGUGACACCCAGGAGAGUGAGUCAGGGGGCGAUGUGCUCCCCAGCGGCAACGGCACUUACCAGUCCUGGGUGGUGGUGGAGGUCCCCUCUGAGGACCCAGCCCCCUACUCCUGCCACGUGGAACACGGAAGCCUGGCCCGGCCCCUCACUGUCCUGUGGGACCCGCAGCAGCAAGCCCGGUAGUCACCCUUUCUGCGCAGUGAGAGAGGUGGGCACUACGAGCCACUGUCAACAUCGUGGGCCAGGCCCAGGGGACGGCGGUGGAUUCCGGGUGGUGGAUUCGAGAGGGAAGACUUGAAUGCCGAGCUCUGAGCCGACUCACGGCCAACCAGUCUUGCAAAAAACCCAUUAUGUAAUCUGCAAAAUCAAAUCAGCAUCAUCACCUUAUAGAAUGAUUAUUUUUAAACUGCAAAGUGCUGUAGAAA